CGGUAGUACAGUCCCUAUCCCAGUCCCGUACAACAAAGAGAGCAGAGGUAGAGGAUUGACGUAAGUAUUCGGAUUCUUCACGGUCUCAUCAUGUGCAGCCUGGUUUUGGUCUUGUACCCAGCAUAAGGACUUUGACAUUGACUUGCGCUUGAAUCCAUAGAAAUGUCAUCAUCGACUACGACAUUCCCGACCUCGCCAGCACCUCCUCCAUCGGCGACUCAGUACCUGCAGUCAAAAUCUUCGGAGGAAGGAGAAAACGUGGCAAAAACACCUUGGGCAGUAGUACCACCAAAUCAUGUCGCCUACACGACGACACCUGCGAGCAGAGGACGAGAGGACAAAGCGCCACAGAACAAGCCAGCGGCAGAUGAUAAAACAAGUGGUAGUCCCGACGGGGACGUCCGGGAGGAAAACCAAGACGCAACAGAAAACAACAAAACAGAAGAGCACUCUAUUUCACGACAGCAAGUUGUGAAGAAGACACUGCAGCCGCCCGUUAUCGUUCUGGAAGGUGUGAGGCCCGCGCGUUUGUUUUCUUCCCCCGCACCGCAAAUUCGACUGCCCGCGGGAGGACAUACAGACGCUGCGGCCGGAGGAGUUGGAGUUGCACCUGCUCCAGCGGACUCAACUAUAAUAUCAUCUGAGAACCAGCACAAGCCGAAACUUUCUGUCGGGUUGACCGGUCUGCCCCACGUACAGCUUGACAAAGAGACGUUUCUGGAAUCGUUGAAACGGUUCGACUCGAUCCGUCUGGAGUGGAUGAGCGAUGAGGCGCUGAAGGUGGACCACAAGUGCGACAAGGUGCGCCGGGCCGCUUCGCCGGCGCGGUCCGCGCUGUCCAACGUGGUCGCGGCGCCGACAGGUGUUGUAACUAGUAGUAGUGCCCCAAGCACGGGGAGCUUGACGUUUGAUAAAAAUCCGCGAAACUACACGGUGGAAAUAACAGGCGCCCCUGCAGCGACCGGGAAGAAAGGUCCACCUCCGGGCGCGCGUGGUAUUAACGAUAAUGCUGUGGAACAACAACAGCAAUUUGGUGGUCCUGCCCUAGUGAACAUGCGCCUUAUCGGCAGCAACCACCUGACUCCGCCGCCGGGAAAAAUUGCAGGAGGACGACACCAGAGCAGCAAGACCAGCAGUGUCGUCGUGCCACUCAGCAGCCCACGGCUGAUGAACGUCAACAUCGGAGGUGGAACUACUACUACACGACCCAGUACUACGAAUGCAACAACAUCUCCGACAAGUAGAACCUCCUCGGAACACCAGCUGCGAUUGUCGUCGCAGGGACCUGCUGCGCAGAAGGGACUACAAGAGCCGUUAUACCAGCUGGAGGUUUACGUGUCUGAAAUGGCCGCCAAGCUGCUCUCGAUUUGGCACAGCAAGGGGCGAAGUGGGAAUAACGGCUAUGCCUUGCUCCAACAAGUUCCGAGCGCACUGCUGGCGCGCUUUCGCUUCACGAAGACUGUGUCCGUUGCGGCAUUCCGGGACCUGGUAGGAAAGCAAAUUCUGCGGUUGCACAUCGCCCACAUCUUGGCCCAGGCCCGCCACGACGGGGACCAAGCGAACGAGCCGAUCACAAGCCCGCGGGCCCUCUUGCACCACAAAAUGACCGCCGGCGACAACGACCCGCGCACGAAGGCGUCCGAGGAAGCGCUGCGGGCGAUGCGUCUUUUGGAGCAACGGUGGGAGGAACUGUUUGCCAUCCCCCAUUCUUUCUCCGCGGUCUUGAGCGCGCGCUCCUUCUUUGGCGAAAACUUGAGCACGGGUAAGGACAAUCUGGUACUUCGCUCCCUCAAACCCAUCCAGAGCCCAACCGACUUCUUGCAGGAAAUAAGCAGGGAGAACUCCAACUCCAAGCAAGCGGAGAGCAAAAGCGUAAGCGGAGAACCCAGAACAUUAGAUCGAGGCGGAGAUCCGGGUGGUGCGCCGUUGUCGUUGACCUCAAGCUGUAGCCCCGGAUUCUUUCGUCCGAACGAUAUCUUUGAACUGGAAAUCGACUCCCCGGGGGAGGAAACGGGCCUGUUGAAGGGACGGGUGUUGCGGAUCGAUGAUACUCCGUCCAAAGCAGCUGCAGCGGGUGUUGACAUCAAUACGCGGGAAGUGGAUCAAGGGGCAGUUGCUAGUAGCAAUUCAUUGAACUACUCGUCCCCGCUGCUCUCGUCGUUUUUAUCACAGGCUCAGGCUGCUGGAACAGCGGGCACUAAAAGUGUUCUUGCUGGUUCUGGUACUACUAGCAUUACAGCAGCAGGAGAUACCGUCGGAAAUAACGGAAUCAAUGCACUCACUGCUGGAACAACAGAGGCAAAAGCUACAACAUCUACUUCCCAGCAAGUAGCGUUUAUGCCGCCGCAGCGACCGCCGGAGGUCCACCUGUGCGCGCAGCAGAACUCGGAUCGCAAAGUGCAACUGCAAUCGUUGCAGAGCGCAUUACUGCACUUCCUCGCGAACGAAAUCAGUGGGGAUUUCGAGGAGAAAUUAGCGGCUCGGGUGGGCCUCAUGUCUGAACUGCCCCGAGACAUAGCGGGGUCGGGCAGUUUUCCCGCGGAAAAACGACCGUUGCAGGAGGGACACCUGCCUCAGUCGGGCGGGGACUUCGCCACAACAUCCGGUAGAAGUAGCAAUGAUGUUGUACAACCGCGAACGCCGUCCAAGUUUGCGGACGCCGUGCGCCGCAACAAGAACAAGAUCUUGAAAGCGAAGAGCAGCACAGCUUUACGCAUUCAAGCGGAAAUUGCGAGCAUGGCGGCGCGGCAAGAACUCGCUGGAGGAACAAACGGUGGCGGGGACGAAGAGACGGUAGCAGCGGUGCCGAAAGCUGCCGCGGCGAGCAAGACUGCGGCAGGCUUGAUAAAAGCUAAUCAAGCGCGCGGCGCCUCCGGUGUAAGUCCUGUAACAACCUCUAUCCCGGGGCGGGAAAUAGGUGCAGCUUCAUCUUCAGGACCUGCAUCAAGGAGCGUGGCAGGGGGAAGGUCCACACUCCCGAGUACAGUAGUAUCGCACGUGCAGUCGCUUACCGCAUUGAAAACGACACAUCUACAAGCGCAUGCGAAAAAGCUCAAGGCUCGGUUGAACAGUAAGAAAAUGGCGGACAAAUAAACCGCGUGAAGAAGUGAGGCGACGUGGUCGUGCUCGUCAUUUCAGCGCGCAAAAAAAUGAGACUCGUGGGUACCAUGCGCAAUGAUUUUACUGUUGAAUGCCUUUCAGCUUGGUAGCAGAUGCUGCACUGUAAUUUUCUACUUUUGAUUUCCCACUGCAAAGAAGUCCAUAGGCUGGAGAGUGCUCUGGAAGCAAC